UGUCUCUGAACUCUUGUGAUCACAAGACUUCUUCGUUUUGAGUUUUCUGUCAAGGCAGUAAUUGGAGAGAAAAAAAGGCCGUCCCUUUUGGGAUCUUCUGGUUCAGCAGCUCCAAUUGACUCAAAAUCAUCCAAGAUGAGGUACUUCUUAACGUAUUUGCUGGUGCUCCUUGUGGCUAUUGUCAUACCUAUAUUUUCAUUGUACUAUGUCCUGAAUGGAAAAGGUGAGCAAAUAAGUUUCGGAUGGUUCCUGGAAAACACUUCCCCAUACAUGUGGGGUACGUUGGGAAUAGCUUUCGCAGUAGCAUUUUCCGUGGUGGGCGCGGCUAUGGGCAUCCAUACGACGGGAGUGAGCAUAGUCGGAGGAGGUGUCAAAGCUCCGCGUAUCAAAACGAAGAAUCUGAUCUCCGUCAUCUUUUGUGAAGCCGUGGCCAUUUACGGUUUAAUUACUGCGAUCGUGCUGUCCGGAAUGCUUGAGAAGUACACGGAACCCUUGACUGACAUAGCUAUCAAGCAGCAGAAUUGGAUGGCUGGAUAUGUGAUGUUCGGUGCCGGGCUUGCCGUGGGUUUGGUCAACUUGUUCUGCGGUAUCGCUGUGGGCAUUGUGGGAUCAGGAGCUGCCCUCUCGGAUGCUGCCAAUGCAGCUCUUUUUGUUAAGAUUCUGAUUGUAGAAAUCUUUGGAUCAGCCAUUGGUCUUUUCGGCCUCAUCGUCGGCAUCUACAUGACGUCAAAGGUUAAAAUGGGUAACCAGUAAUUCAAGAAAAUACUUGAAGUUAACUUGUACAGCACUGGACCAUCAUGCCUUGACCUUCAAUCUUAUAUCUGUGACAGCCAGUGCUCAGCGCAAAUAAAUCAAUCAAAUGUGUGAAGUUUUCUAUGUUAAGUGUUGGACUCGUGUACUUCUUAAUCAAAAUAUAAUUUUGUUGAUGUUAUUUAUAAAUUUAAAUGAGAUUUAUUUCUGUAAUCGAAAGACAACUGUUUUAAUAAUAAUCUGAUCUUAGCACCAUUUUUGUUUUACUCAAUUAUAUUUUUUUUUGUUUGUAAUUUAUUAGUUAAUACUGUUUCAUAAGUCAUAUUAUUUAAGCUUAUUUUGAACUCUAAUGAAUUAAAGUGUCAAAGGCUUAGGAAAUUGUUUUCAUUACUUUUAAUUACCCGAUUAGAGAUAUUUUUGAAUGAUUAUUUUAGUUGUAUUCUCUGAUUAAUUCAAUAUUGUGCUAAGAUGUCAGAUGGUCCAUUGAACAUGUCUGGAUUGUAUUGGAGUGUUUUAGAAUACUUAUAAUCAAUAGAGUUUGUGUUGUUAUCCAUUUUACAGUGUCCUGAUCUAGAAAUGACUAGAUACUAAUUGCAGUACACUUAUAUAUGUAUUUAUUAUAUAUCAGUACAUUACCUUCUAUGGUGUUAACAACAUUUAAAAUAUUUCAUUGUAACACUGCUGAAUAGAAAGGUGCUCAAAAUAGUUUAAAACUAUGCAAUGUAGUAUCUAGUCAUAUUUUAUAAGGCUUAAACAUUCCAUGAAAACAUAAUACAAUAUGUGAAAACUUUGAUUGGUUCAACAGACAACAUUUUGUAUAUAGUUAACACUAUAGUAGUAUAUUUUUCAAACUGGUAACACCAGAAAAUAAUUAUUGCUAUUGAUAAAUAUCCCAUUCUGUCUAGUACUUUAGCUUAUGUGUGGUUUAUGAAGCUUAUAAAUAACCUAGCCGUCUAUGUUUCGAAAUUUACAAGGAGUGCAUGUUGUAGUGUAGGAAAUUUAUUGGAGAUUUUCUUCCCUUAGUCAAAUAUCAACCAGGAUUUCGAUUCAAGUGACAAAUUAAAUGUCAAUUUGUGUAUUGCUGAAAAUAAAAACGAAAUUUGCGAACUACUGUUUAUUUUUUUUUAGAUUUCGACGUCAAAUCAUUGUACGAGAUAUUAAAUGUUGUUUCCAAAUGUAAAUAUUAGUUUGCUCCGUUGCACUAUUAUAAAUCUUACUAAUUUAUUGUAAAAUAUAUUAUUAUUAUCCACUUCAUGAUGGGACAAUGAUUAAAGCCAUAUGAUUAUGGAAUACAUUGUCGUUUAGGCACAAAUUGAGUGCAAACAUUUUGCAAGAACAAAAGAUAAGUGUUAUUGAGCAUUAUGAGUACUGUUUAUUAAUGCGAUAAUAAUAUAUUUGUGCAAAUGUAGAUAUUAUGUAUGUUGAAUAAAUAGCUAAAACUUGAA